CCCAAGAAACGACGGCGAGAGAAGCGAACAUCUGGCCGCACAUCAUGAGAGGACGUCGGAGCGUGUAGGAAACCGCAACGGAGCCGGGAGAUCUCAAUGUUAUGAAGGAAGAAUGGAGUUCCCAGACCAUAGCCGCCAGUUGCUGCAGUGUCUGAGUCAGCAGCGUCACCAAGGUUUCCUCUGUGACUGCACUGUGCUGGUCGGGGAGGCUCGUUUCAAAGCACACAGGGCUGUGCUGGCCUCAUGCAGCAUGUACUUCCAUCUCUUCUACAGGGACCAGCUGGACAAAAGGGACGUUGUGCAUCUCAACAGUGACAUUGUGACAGCCCCGGCUUUCAGUCUGCUCCUUGAAUUUAUGUAUGAGGGGAAGUUGGAAUUCAGCACUCUGCCGGUGGAGGAUGUCCUGGCUGCAGCCAGCUACCUCCACAUGUACGAUAUAGUGAAAGUGUGUAAAGGCAAGCUUAAGGAUAAGGAACUAAACGCCCUGGAUGAAAAGAUGGGCGAAGGGCUGGGACUAAGCUGUCUGGACAAGGAAAAUUCCUCAGAUGGGGAAUCGCACUGUAAGCAGCCGGGCCGGCAACAGCCCCACGCACAGGCUCAGGGGCUAAAGCAGGCCCCCCCGGCAGAGGAGUUUGACAUGGACAACGGCGAAGUCAAGCAGGCUGUCACAGAUUGUGAAAGGUCUGCGCAAAGCAGGCAGAAGGCAAACGGUCACUCUGGCAGGUCCCCGGACCUUGUAGGUGUCAAUUAUGUGUCAGCAGAGGCCGAGCCCUGUGUCCAAACAGCUGGAAAAACAAAAGCCGAUGUCAGUAGUUCCACCAUAUCGCUGUCCCAGAGGUCCCGGGCUUCAGAUGACAUGGACUGCGCACUGGAUUUGUCUUUCAAGCCUCUGUCUAGCAGAGAUCCCUUACACCCCUCCUACGUCUCGGGACAGCUGGCCCUCGACAGCCAGCAGCAGGGCACUGAGCCACUUGUUAAAGACGAACACGACUUGCUGUCAGAGCAGGAGGACAGUGAGCCGAUGAGCCCGGAGAGCCAGCGCUUUGGGAAUAGCGCCAGGAGCUCAGUGGUGACAGGGUUCGCUGCCCUCUUCCCAGGCAACAACGGUUCCACAGCCGCCCUGCUCUCCCAGGAGGAAGACCUGAUGGAGGAGGAGGGGGAGGGCUGCAGGGGGAGGGAGGGCGCCCCGGGCAGGGAGGGCGAAGAGAGGAGGGGUAGGUUGCUGGGGGACAGCGAGGAAGAGGAGGAGGACGACCUGGCCUCCUCAGACAUCUCUACCUCCAGCGGGGUACUCCUGCCCCCGGGGCAACAGGUGUGCGUGUGCCCCCUCUGCAGUAAAGUCUUCCCCAGCCCGCAUGUGCUGCAACUGCACCUCAGCUCGCACUUCCGCGAGAAGGAUGGCGCGCGCUCCAAGCUGUCCCCCGACGGCUCGGUCCCCACCUGCUCGCAGUGCGGCAAGACCUUCUCCUGCAUGUACACCCUCAAGCGCCACGAGCGCACACACUCUGGCGAGAAGCCAUACACCUGUGGCCAGUGCGGCAAGAGCUUCCAGUACUCCCAUAACUUGAGCCGGCACGCUGUGGUUCACACACGUGAGAAGCCUCACGCUUGCAAGUGGUGCGAGCGGCGCUUCACCCAGUCUGGGGACCUCUACCGCCACAUUCGAAAGUUUCACUGUGGCCUUGUCAAGACUCUCGCCAUUGGAUAAAACAUCAGUGCCAUGACAUAAAACAGUGUCUUUUUAUAUAUUGAGUACUACAGAACUGCCCCCCCCUUUUAGUAUACACGUAUUGACAGUUUGUUGGAGAC